GAACUGAGAGGCCGCGUUCGGUCGCGUCUCGUCGUUCAUUCCAUUCUAUUUAUUUUGAUAUCGCGUGUCGGAGUAGUCGUGUCUACUGACUAGUGCUUGAGUGCCGUACAACGUUCGUUAAUUUGUGCAGUGAUUUACAAAACAAUCUCAAGAUGUCUGGAUAUCCGUAUGGAAAUCCAGGGCAGUACCCGCCGCCUCAACCGCAGCCGCAGAUAUAUCCUCAGCUAUAUAACCCUGUAAACGCCGCUGUUCCAAUACCACCACAACCUGGAUUUGCUCAACCUUUCCAACCACAAUAUCAGCCAACAUUCGGAUACCCUUACCAGCCGGGUCAGGGUCCACCUGGACAGCCACAGACAGCACUGUCCUACCCUUCAGCACCAUCGGCACCAGGAUAUGCUUACAACGCUCCUUAUGGACCUGUUGUAGAAUGGAUUUCUACCACCCCAACCGAUGCUCACGCGCUCAGCGAACGUGCUAUAUUUGGUGGAUAUUAUUAUGAUGGUAGCCCACUCUGGGUUAUCAGGGCUAGAUUUGAAGGCGAUCUGGUUCCUGGCAAACUGGCUAUCAAACAUCAGGCCGCUUUUGUUCCCUGGGGUGGAAAAGAAAACAGCGUCAAGAAAAUUGAGGUUUGCUGCGCUCGAGUCAGCCCUGAGUGGGUCAGGUGGCAGGAAACGAGGGAAGCAAACAUUCCUCAAAAUGCUAUUAUUGCUGGCAGUACUUCAAAUGGAGAGCCUCUGUAUGUCGGCAGGGCUAGGGAGGACGGAUCGUUGACACCCGGAAAGGUACAUCCCAGCCACAAAGUGCUGUACAUUCCACACUGCGGUAAAGAAAUUGCUCACAAAGAAUAUGAAAUACUGUGUACCGUUAUACCUUAAAUAUUUUGUAAGAUUUUAAAACUAUAAGGGAAACCGAG